AUGAAUACAACGUCACCAUCUACUCAAUAUAAUUUACAAGUUGAAAUUAAUAAAAUAUCCAUCUAUGUUUACCCAAUCACUAUUAUAUUGACGAUUACAACAAAUAUACUAAAUAUUUGUGUACUUUGUCGUCGAAAUCUUCGAUUAUCUUCCAGUACACAAUAUUUUCUUGCUUUUGCUUUAUCAAGUAUAUUAUAUACAUGCGAAAUACCUGUAAUGAUGUUUAUUCGUAUUCGUUAUGGCUAUAUUGUCACAUCAUUAUCAGUUGGAUGUCGAUUACAAACAUUUAUGAUAAAUAUAAUGCCAUUAUUUAUUUCAACUAUGUUAGUAUUUGCUUCAAUUGAUCGAUUUUUUGUUAGUUCAUCAACAGUAAGAAUGCGCAAUUUGAGUCAAGUACAUAUUGCACGACGAAUUAUAAUUAUUACUAUCAUAUUGACUGUUAUCUACAUAUCUCCAAUUCUUCUUAUCUAUUAUUUUAAUUCUAAUAUGAAUCAAUGUAUUUCAUAUUCAUCAACAAUUGCUAUUAUUUAUCUCUCAAGUCGAAUCAUUUUUUCUUAUAUUAUUAUACCAUUCGCUAUGGCUAUAUUUGGUUUCUUAAUAAUACGUAAUAUUCGAAAUCAAAUACAUCGUAUCAAUCCAUUCGCUAUAAAUCCCAAACAGCAAAAUCGUCGUCGUUAUCGUCGUAUAGAAAAUCAAUUAGCUCGAAUGUUAAUCCUACAAGUGAGUGCAUAUCUUAUCUUUUCUACACCUGCAGGCGUUGGUUAUACAUUAGUAACAUUUAUUCCGUCAAUGAAUACAGUAUUUGUGAAUCAAUUACGAAUUAUUUUUAGUCUUUGGCAACAAAAUAUCUAUUUUUUAACAUUAUUUAUCUAUAUACUUUCAUCGAAAACUUAUCGACAAGAAUUUCUUCAUAUGUUCAAAUUGAAGCAUUUCUAA